CUGCGGACCAGCACACGCUAGCCAAGCAAGACCCGAGCAAGCCACACUCUCCAGCACCAGCAGAGGCCGGCGGCAAAGCAGCGCAGCACAGCAACAAAUGGCCACCAUCAGCGCCGCCGCGGCGACCACCGUCGUCGCCCGUGCCGCGAUCGCCAGGCCACAGGCCCUAGGUCUGCCCCAGCUGAGGACGAGGAGCGAGAGGGUGAGGUGCAGCUACUCCAAGGACGCCAAGGAGGCGACCCCUGCCGCCACCGUCCGCGGGGCCAGCGCGUCCCUGCUCGCCGCGGCGGGCGCGGUGACCGCGUCCGCGGGGCCGGCGCUCGCUCUGGUCGACGAGCGGAUGUCGACGGAGGGCACCGGGCUGAGCCUGGGGCUGAGCAACAACCUGCUGGGGUGGAUCCUCCUGGGCGUCUUCGGCCUCAUCUGGUCGCUCUACACCGUCUACACCUCCGGCCUCGACGAGGACGAGGAGUCCGGCGGCCUCUCCCUCUAAGCUACACAUAGUUUCUCCCGUCGUCUCAUGUAAUCCGCUCGCGAGCAUCGCCAUGAUCGGUGUAAUGUAAUUCCAGAGAUGGAUAUUUGUUUCUAAGCGUUUCCAUUCUGAGAGAUGUUUCGCGGUCAGAUGGAUUGCUUGCCCCGCCUUGAAGACCGUGCGUCUCGCGAUUUGAAUGAAUAAAACAUCCAAGGAAAAUUUCACUCA